AUGGACGCCUUAUUCUGCAUUCCGAUGCUCUCGGUCUUCCUGAUUCCAGUGCUCUCAUCCUACAGCACUACCCUGAACUUCUUGUUCUUUUACAUGACAUGGUCCACACUGGUGUUAUCACACACCCCUCUCAGGGUCGAGAUGUUUGGAACGAUCGCUGUGAGACUUAUAUUCUAUGCAUUGCCGUCUAUCAUCAUGUUCCUAUUCGACAUUCUGACCCCUUCAGCCUCAGUGGUCAUCAAGGCGCAAGGCGCGACUGGUUUGCCCGGUGGUAAACGAAGACGCAAUAUCCGAGUGCGUGAGCUCAAGAUCGCUGGUUGGUCGCUGCUCAACCUGUUCAUGUCCAUCAUGCUCCAGUGGGUAAUCGAGGCUCUUUGCGUGAAGGCAUUCAAGAUGCGCAGCACGGUGAAGGUGGCUCUUAAGCUUCCGAUGCCAUAUGAGAUGGUCCGAGAUUUGAUCCUAGGCUUGCUGGCUCGCGAGGCUCUUACGUACGGGAUUCACCGUUAUGCUCUUCAUGAGAGCAAUUCCAUCUUGACCAAGUUCCACCACUUCUGGUACCACCAGCUUCAUGCUCCCUUCCCAUUGUCCGCGCACUAUGAUCACCCACUCACUUAUCUGUUGUCGAACUUCAUCCCAACCUAUUUGCCGGCCGUGAUGUUCCGCUUCCACAUGCUCACCUAUCUGAUUUAUCUGGUGAUUAUCUCUGUUGAAGAGACCUUCGCCUACUCUGGAUACACCGUCAUGCCAACCAACUUCUUCCUGGUUGGCAUUGCACGUCGCAUGGACAUGCAUUUGCUUACAUAUGGCGAGGGUAACUUCGGUCCUUGGGGCAUCAUGGAUUGGAUUUUCAAGACAACCGUCGGAGACGCUGAGCUUAUUGAUGAUGCGACGGAUGAUGCUGAAGAGCGGGAGCGUGAGGCAAGGGCCAAGCGAGCAUAUGAAGCUGCUCAAAAGAAGAGUAAUGCGAAUGUGAGGCCAUCGAAAGUUCAAGCACAGUCAGUUCGUGGUCGGCGCUGA